UAUCCUGGACCGAUGUAAGGAACUGGUGGAGGCUGGUUACGAUGUGAGGCAGCCUGACAAGGAGAAUGUCUCCCUCUUACACUGGGCAGCCAUCAACAACCGUGCGGAGGUGGUCAAGUAUUAUAUAUCCAAAGGGGCCGUCAUAGACCAGCUAGGUGGUGACCUGAACUCCACACCCCUGCAUUGGGCCAUAAGGCAGGGCCACCUCUCCAUGGUGAUCCAGCUGCUUCGUUACGGAGCCGACCCAUCUGUGGCCGAUGGGGAGGGCUACCGCAGCCUGCAUCUGGCAAUCCUCUUCCAACACAUGCCCAUAGCAGCCUACCUCAUGGCCAAGGGACAGGAAGUUGACCUUCCUGACUCAAAUGGGCAGACACCCCUGAUGUUAGCUGCACAGAAAAUCAUUGGGCCCGAGCCCACUAACUUCCUGAUGAAGUGCAAUGCGUCGGUGAGUGCUGUGGACAAAGUGAACAGGAACUCUCCGCUGCACUGUGCUGUGCUGGCGGGAAACGUAGACGCCGCCCACAUCCUGCUGGAGGCCGAGGCUAGCGUGGAUGCCGAGAACGCCAACGGUCACACUCCCAUAGACCUGGCCCACCAGGUGCACAGCCCCCUGCUCAUCCACAUGCUCAACCACAUCAAGCAGGAGAGGAUACGCGCCAACUCCCGCUGCAUGCGCCUAGUUAACCGAUACAGGGUGUGUCUUCAGUUUAUCUUCUGCGUUGCUGUGCUGGGCAGUGUGGGAGCGAUAGCUGACUUGAGCUCAGAAUCCUGGCUGCUGAAAGGGGUUCUGCUGGCCUGUGUGAUGGCUGUGGCCAACCUGGCCCAACGGCAGUUGGCGAGCCCGGCCCUGCAGUCGCUGGUUCCAGCUACAUCUCUCAUGGCAUCAGUCUUCUGGAUGCUGGUCACCUGGUGCCUGUGGUUCCUGCCUGAUGGUCCCAGUGCCACGGUACAGGUGUUGUUCACUUUCAACGCCACUGCUCUGGUCUACUACUACCUCCGCUCCUGUAGGACUGACCCCGGCAUCGUCAAGGCAACCGAGGAAGAGAAAAGGAUGAAUGUGGUGUUGCUGGCAGAGGCAGGCUGCUUGGACCCCAGGAUCUUCUGCACUUCCUGUAUGAUGAAGAAGCCCAUGAGGGCCAAUCACUGCUUCUCCUGUGACGCCUGUGUGGCAAAACAGGAUCAUCACUCCAUCUGGAUCAAUGGCUGCAUAGGUGCCAGGAAUCACCACUUCUUUGUUCUCUUCCUCCUCUCUCUCUGCCUGAUGGGAGCGUGGAUGUUCUACGGAUGUCUCAUGUACUGGUCAAAGCACUGUCCGCUGCACUACCAGGAAGAGGGUGUGUGGGGUGCUAUCUCUGCCCUGGUGGACUGUUCUUCCUGGGUACUGGGCAUCUUCUGUGUAGCUUUCUUCCAUACCGCCUGGGCAUCCAUACUACUGGUCAUACAGCUCUACCAGAUUGCGUUCUUCGGCCUGACCACCGCAGAGAGGGCAAACCUGAUGCUUCGUCAGAGGAAACUCCCACAAUCCAUCUCUCUCAGACAGAACCCUUACAAUUUGGGUGUGGUGCGGAACCUGGUGUCGUUCUUCCAGCUGCGUUGCUGUGGGCUGUUCAAGCCCGCCAUGGUCGACUGGACCCAGCAGUACCCACCCGGCCGAGACCACAUGAUGUUCGGCCACCCCGACGUCGUCUGACCCCACAGGGUCAGAGGGCAGCUAGGACCUGGGUCCACUGUUGUUCUGGACCAAACGGAUGAUGCUUAUUCAUUUUUUAAUCUUUUAUAUAUUUUGGACUGCCUGUGAAGAAACACCACUAUAAAGGGAAAUAGCACGGAGGAAGUUGUACUGACUUUAUUUUAUGCGUUUGCUCUUUGUACAGACUGCUGCCUUAUGCUGGUAUAUAUUAAUGGGGGGGGGGAAUCUGAGAUGUAUAAUUUGUGUGAAGUCAAAUUAGCCUUAAUAUGGCUUAAAUUGUAUAUUAAGUUAGUCAUUGUUUUUAUGAAUAUAAAUAUAGUUCUAUUUUGAUCAAUGUGUUUUUUUAUGAAGAAUGAUCUUUUAAAUGUGUCUGUUUUACAGUGUUUGCAAGAGGCUGUAAGUGAGUUUUUAGAUUGAAGGACCAAUACUGUAGACAGUUUAAGCAAAGCCUCACAUUGCUUUCAGUCACUGAACUCUUUUUAUUGGAGCAUACAGUACAUACAGUUUCUCUAGAACAGUUUUUUCUAAUACUGGUCCUGUAGUACUGUACCUCUUAAGU